AUGCCUUUGACAAUUUCCGGAGCUGGUUCCUUUUCGCUUUUUAAGGGUCCCUCAUUAACCGCCACUUCCCUGAUAUCUAAUAAAGAACCCGUGGGUAUUCCCUCUCUUUCCGCCUCCAUUGCUAACGCUUCUUCCAAAGGCGAAAAGAAUUCCUCAAGUCUCAUGAACUCGGUAGUUCUUACGGAAAGGAGAGCUCGUUCGGUGGACGCCACUAUGAAUCGUAACCGUCGGGGUAGUAAUUGCAGUUCAAGAACUAGUAACAAAAAACCUGUAUGGUUCAAGACAUUCAUACUUCGAAUACAGCAAACCCUUUUUAAGUUCAAUAAUGAGUCGGGGGAUCAAGUAGAAAAGGAUGAUGACAAUUUCUCCCAUCGAACAAGAUCAAGCGAUGACAUCGUUCGUCGGGAUGAAAAGAGUAAUGACAUGGAUAACUCGAGAAAGGAGGUGGAACUAUGUGACAAUACGAUCUGUGCUCAAACCCCUCGACAUAAAACCAAGGAACCCGAGGUGUUGCGUCAAGUUGGACGGUUUACCAUCGUCCGAGAAAGCGAAGAUUUUGAUACUAUAAUAUUUGACCAGUGUCAUUGUUUACAAAAACCCUGCAAAUAUUCUUCAAGUGGUGGAACACAUCCUCUCUUAUCGCCGAGACUUCUACCAGAAUCACCGCAGACUCGAUAUAUGAAUGGUGCUUAUCAACAACAAAUAUGUCUAGGGUCAACAGAUCAAUAUCGACCAAAUAAUUCACUGUCUCCAAGGUUGACCUCUCGAUCUGGCCCUCCUGGUGUUCACGGAUAUGCAUUCUAUUCGCAACCUUCCCCAAUUGCAUCUUCAUCAAGAUAUUCCUUGCCUUGUCUAUACAGCAGCAAUAACUACAAUAAUAACCUGACAAAUAUCGGCAUCGUGAACAGGUUAUCGUCCUCAUAUAACACUGUUCCGCCGGCGUCAACGGUGUCCAAGUCAAAAGCUAUGGUAACGGCAGCGAAUAUUGCCACCACAUCAUGCCGAAAGGUUCUUCCCACCUCUGCGUCAUCACCAAAUCUAAUGAACAUACAUAAUCGAGCAAAGAAUGAAAGUGUAUGUAACAAUAAUAAACGACGUCCUUCAUCCCAUGUAAGCGGUGGUGGAACUGCCUCAUCGACUGUACGAACAAAAAAGUCGUCUAUUUUUAAUUUGCAACAAGAGUUUCCAUCUAACAAAAGACAUAAUUCGGCGCCUGUGGCACCGACUCCAUCACCAUCAUUCUACAUUUCUUUACCACCGAAACUAUCCGUUUCUCCUCAAGAACCUCACACCACGAUAAGUUCCCAUUCGGGUAGAAAGUUUGAAGUGGAAUUGUGCUCUUCAUCAGUCACUUCUUCCUCGAAUUCUUUUUCCUCCUCGGAAUUUGCCUCCUCUUCACCUGCUUCCACUAUCAGUAUGAUUAGCUUUGCUUCGAGUCCUGGUACGAGUUCAAACUCUCCCACGACGACACUAAGUCGUCAACGUAGCAGUACUCUCAGUAGCAAGCAUGGUCGUAAAUUCGAGGUCACGGUCUUAGCAUCGGACAAUGAUACAACCAAGGAAAAUUGA